ACCGGCUGUUGUAAGUCAGUUGGCCAGGCGGUUCAUAUCCGAAAUUGGCUUAGAAACCCCAAAAGAAAAAAAAACGAAAAUGAUCUACUCGGACAAUUGCUGUUGCUGUGUGGACCUGAAGUGUGGAUGCAUCCUGAUAGCCAUCGUUGAGGUGCUAAUCCGUGGACUGGAUCGCUUCUUUGUUGAUCGUGACAGCCUGCUGGGACUUUUUUCCCUUGUGGUGAGCGGUAUCUACGUUAUCUGCUGCAUCUUCCUACUGCUUGGAGCAGUUCUGGGCCUGAGAUAUUUUCUGUUGCCUUACCUCUCAGUUUCCUGCCUCCGGUUCUUCAUUUUAGUUGCCGAGGGCGUGUUUGUGGCCACAGAAGGUAUCAUGAAUGAAUAUCUAGUCUUCGAUAUUCUUCAAUCCCUUCUAGGCUUGUACUUUUGGCUGGUGGUCUACUCCUAUUAUGAUCGCUUAAAGGACGCAUGAGCUUGUAAAUUUUACAGUAUUUUGUUAAAUGUUGUUCCUUUUAAAAUUCAUUCUUUCAAUGUUAAAUCAUUUGGAUGUAAAAUAAAGUAAUGUAAA